CACAGUUUCUCUUCUUGACGUAGCGCGCGGUUGGCGGUGGGGCGGGGUCCGGGAUGCGGCGCCGGUUAGGAGCGGAGGCGCCAUGGGGAGCGUAGGGAGAUGGAGAUUAUUCUUCUGCUGUGUUGGCCCUCCACAGGACAAUGAAUCUGUUCUAAGAUGUUGUUCAAACAAAGUUCAUCCAGAGUGGGCUGGUGAAUCUAAGAAGGAAGGUGAAGAAUCAAACCAGGAAAUCACAUGGCCAGAAGGACCUGCUGCACACUAUGAAAAAGCAGACAGACAAGUCAAGGAGGAAGUGGAGAUUCAAGUGUCUGUUGCUCUGCUGUCUCUUCAGGAGGCGGAGGAUCCUAAAUUUCCAGUACAUACUAAGGAUCAUGUGCAAACCCCAAAUCUUGAAAUACUAACAGUGGAGAAGGAUCCUCUGUCCUCAUUAAAAACUGAAGCCCAUGUACAAAGCUCAAAUCCUGACAUACUGUGUGGGGAGGAGGAGGAAGAAGAGGAGAAGAAAGAGCUGGUGGAAGAAGGGGAACUAGAAUUUUUGUCUCUGUUACAUUUUGAGAUUCAGGAGCAAUCUUCACAUCUUGAAACAUCAGUGGAAGAGCCUCUGACAUUCUUAAAAACUGAGGCACUAGUGCAAUCCUCAGAUCUUGAAAUACUAGGGGAACAGAAGCUUCCAUCCCUAUUGGAUAUUGAAACUGAGGUUCACGUCUCAGAUCUGGACAUAAGAGAUGCAGAGAAAACGUCACUCUCGAUAGAUACUGGGUUGAAUGUACCAACAAAGAACAGGAGCAGAAAUCUGUCUGGUCUCGUCAGUCUUCUGGAUAUUCCAGGAGCGCGUGAGGAACCCUUGACUCAAAAGCAAAUAGCAGCAUUCAAAGAUGUCUUCAAGGUUUUCAGCAGCACAGAGGGUAGCAUUAAGAUGCGUGGCCUGAAGCUGAUUUUGCACAGGGUGGGGAUUAAUGUAACCCAUCAAGAAAUCUGUGAGGCACUGAAUCGUGCUGAUAUUGAUGGUGAUGGGCAGGUGAAUUUCACAGACUUUGUAACCGUUCUGACAGAUGACCAGCGCUUUGCUCAAUCUAUGGUUCGGCCCAAAGAGAGCAUAAUACGUGACCCUUCUAGCGUAGAGACUCUCUUCUUUGAAGUUCUCACAAAGCUAGUGGAGACGUCAGCUCUGCCGAUGAAAUCAGAGAGGGAAGUUGUAAGAUUUUAUUCCUACGAUGGAUUUGUUGUUCCUUAUCCUCUGCAGAAAAGGCUCCAUGGCCAGUGCAAACAGUAG